ACAGGCAAGGCAUCUGAUUUGGCUCUUCCUUUUUCUGUGAAACGAAUCAUGUUCAUUGGAAGGCUGCUUUGCGUAAGCUAAAUAUAUGGAACAAAAAGCAAGGAGUUUCAGUCAGAACUCUGAUUCACUGAAACCAGAGACAAAUAUGAACAGCUCCUCUCUCCAUACUGUCAAUGACACGGCACUGGAAGACUGGUCAUCUGCAGGGAUCACCGCAGCCUGUGUGAUCCUGGGCAUGUGCUUCCUGGUGGGGACACCUGGGAACCUGCUGGUGGCGUGGACCAUCUUGAAGUAUGUGAAACAGCGCUCUCACACGGUGUUGCUCAUCCUCCACCUGGCAGUCGCAGACCUUCUGGUGCUGAUCACGCUGCCGCUGUGGAUCUACUCGCUGGCCCGUUCCUGGGUGUUCGGAGAGGCCGUCUGCAAAGCCAUGGUGUACAUCAUCAAUGCCUGCAUGUACAGCAGCGUCUUCAUCAUCACCAUCAUGAGUGUGGGGCGCUUCCUGGCGGUCAGGUACCCUUUGAAAAUGCUGAAUUGGCAAAAUAAGACAUCCAUGUCCAAAAUACUGGCAGUGACCUGGAUCCUGUCAUUCAUUUUGGGGAUUCCGGUCAUCCUGACUCAGGAUCUAGAUGUUGAUGACAAUGGAUUGAAACACUGCUUGUCCCGGGUCUACAGCUCUGUGUCUUUUGAAGUGUUUUGUAUUUGUUUGGAGACUCUUCUUGGCUUUAUCAUUCCAUUUUUCACACUCGCCAUCUGUUACUGUCAAGUUGCCACAGACCUACGCAAGGUGCGCUUUAAGAUAAAGCAGAAAUCCAUCUUCCUCAUUGGUGGAGUGGUCGUGGCCUUCAUUUUGUGUUGGUUACCCCACCACGUCCUCAAUAUCACAGGGAUGGUGGUUCUUCUAGAAGGACAGUUAGAUGAACCGUCUCCUAUCCCAAAUAGCGUUGUCUUCAUUUCUGGAGCUCUGGCUUUUAUCAGUAGCUCAGUGAACCCUGUGCUUUAUAUGUUUGCUUCCAGAAACUUCCAUGGAAAUCUAAGGAAGUUUGGGAUAGUAAAGCUGUUUCAAGACUUAGGAACACAAACAGGCCAAACAAGAGAAGGCUUCUUACAGGUUUCUGGACUGCAGAAUGGAAAUAUCCUGGAAGAACAAACUAAUGGUGAAACUCGUGAACUUGUGGAUCUCUGAGUAACUCAGAAGUAUAGUAUUUUUUUUUAAUGGUCAAAUUUAUUUAAACGCCAUAAUCAAGUUGUUUUAAAUGUAUUGUUUUUUUAUUGAAGAGAUGUUCCAAUUACUUUUGGGAAACUCUCCCCUGGAUGCCAUUCUCCCAGAAAUUUUCUUAAGAGUUACAGUAUAUACAUUUUGUGUCACUCACUAUACCACUCAUUGCUGGGAAGAGUUACUUUUAAAAGUGGAUUACAAUAUUGAGUUACUCCCUAAAAACAUAACUAAGUAAGGUAACAUUACUUUUCAUUUACUUUCUCUCAUCUGGACUGGGCUUGCUUGUUUGAUUUUAAUGAUAAAAAAGUGAUAUUUUUGUCAAAUCUAAAGGCCCUUUCACACCUAAAGUGAAAUUGCUAAUUCUGAAACUGAAUAAAAUGCAAAUUCACACUUGUACAGUAGUACUGGAUUGCAGAAGAAUAAGACACAGGAAAAGCAAGUUAAACACAUUUAGUUAUUACAGGUUUGCUUAUAUUCUAAGUUUGCAUUUCACUGAUUUUAUUAAUUUUGAGGAAUGUCUAAUUAUUUAGUGCAAGAGAGAUGAGUAAAUGGCUGCUCACGUUUCGUCUAGAAGUACAAUAACUGUCAUGUUUACUCAGUGCAUACAACACCUCUGCAUCUGACCUACGAUUUCCCUCAACAAACGGACAGGAAAGGUUUCAGUCAAUAAAUGGGAAAAUAAAGUAACUUCCGUUGGUUUUUUAAAAAUUAA